AUGUAUGCAAAUACACAUACUGAGAUUUCUGCCACCGGCGUGUGGACUGGGUCCCGCAGAGAACAGGCUCGGGAUAAAAUCUUACAAGCAUGUUGUGGCAUUCCGUCUGAUCAUGUUGGUUUGUUUUCUGGAAGUGGUGCAACGGGAGCAAUCGACACGUUCAAGCGAUUUCUCAUGCGAGACGAGGAUAAUAGUAUGUGUAGCGAAAACGUGGCUGUCAUUAGUGGUGCCAAAGUGUUGCGGUGCAAACAGUCGAGUUCGGGGAAUGUCGAUUUGGAUCAUGCCAAGAAUCUGCUCAAGAAGUACCACAAUCGACAAUUAAUACUAGGAACUUCCAGUGCCGCAUUGAAUGUCGAUGGCACACUCACGGAUUCGCAAGCUCUCGAGUUGUUUCAUCGCUUUGGGGCAUACAUCACAUUCGACUAUGCAGCAGCAGCUCCUUACGUGGAUUUAAACAUGGCACAUAUGAAAGAGAUCAACUUCAUCAUUGAGGCUCUCGAAUGGGUCAGUAUCAAUGCUUGGAAAUUGCUUGCACUCUACAAACCCAACGGAAAGACGGCGCAGCACGUGGUAGAUGAGGCAGAUCAACAGUGGCUCAGGAAGGCUAUGGGACUGAAAAAGUGCGUGAAAAGAGUUCCUGACCUGUUUAAAUGGGACUGGGAUGAUAGCUCAUUUAAAUCCGAACCGCUGCCCUCCGUGGAUGCGGAAGAAGCUGCUGCCGCUCUGUCGUCUGGCGCAACGCGGCUGGACGUAUCUGCGAAUGCCGGGGUGUGGCUAUUCAUGCCCCCCUCUGCUAGGAGAGAUAUCACUAUGUCAAACCGAAUGCUCUUGAAGGUAUCUCGAUCGGUCGCAACCCCGAGGAAAUGUCGGGAACGAAUCCAGGUAGUGGAUGUACAGAUGGCAAAGCUAGUGGAACCUUCUAUACUCACUAUGGCAAAGUUAGCUAUACAGUCAACCGCAAAAGGAACCAGUGAAACUAAGUUCCAUAUCCGAAUCGCUGCAAAAUUAGGCCAGCUGACAGGGGGAAAGGAUGAUCGCUCAAUUUCGAUACAGGAAUUCGAAGUAUAA